CUCGCAUCCUCACCUCUACGCACGCACGACCUUCCAUCGUGAUCACAUUCUUACUCGUGUGGUCCCUCGUCCCCCGCUGUCAUCGUCCAAUCGCCAUGCCCAAGGUCAUCUCGCGAUCCACCAUCUCAGCAUCCAACGACGCAGGCCAAGAGGCCACACCUCUCCGCGUCCUGUACUGCAUCUGUGGAGACUUUGCCCUCGUAUGCGAUCGGCCCCUCUCUCAAGUCCCAACUCGGCCACUGGAUGGAGCUCACAUUCUGAGAUGUCUGGAUAGUCCGCCUGAUGCGAGGGGGAGAAUCAAGGUGAAGAGAGUGUUCAAAAUUAGCGCUAGGCAGGGAAAACAGGUGAUGAUGAAGAGGCCCGAUGGAAAGACAGAGAAGCAGUACCGAUUUCACUGCUCGAGAUGCGACCUGCCUCUAGGCUACGAGGUCACACCACCUCCCUUGAAGAGUGGAACAUUCACUUAUAUCCUACCGGGAGCUCUAACUGAGACGCAGGGAAAGCCACCAGCGAAUGUAUUGCUGGAGCAAUGAGCCCAGAGCAGAGAAGAGGUCCGCUACGUCACGCCAUCUGUACUACUAUCAUUCAUUACAUACAGAUUCUCUCAAUGUACUUAAUAUCGAUCGGAUAUGUUGAUCAUGGCACUGGCUGAAGAGAAGUACAGAAAACAUCUCAAU